AACAAAAUUGCAGGGAUCACACUGGUCACUUCUGCAUUUUGUUUCCCCCUUUGGCCUGAGCUGGGAUCAGGAGUGGAAAACAACUCAUUAAGGAGACGGGAGCUGCUGCAAUGCCUGGUAUCCUCUCUUCACUCCCCUACAUCCUCAUUCUCCUCCUUUUUUCACCUGCUUCUGGUUCUGCCCCUGGCGAUGACACCAUGGUGGUCACCAAAAGUGGCCCCAUCAAGGGCAAGCAUGUUCCAGCUGGCUCCGGCUCUGUGACGGCUUACCUGGGCAUCCCCUAUGCCGAGCCCCCUGUGGGGAAAUUGCGUUUCCAGAAGCCCCUUCCACAUCAGCCAUGGAGCCAAGUCUUGGAAGCCACCAGCUAUGGCAACUCUUGCCCCCAGCCUGUUAUUUCUGGCAUCCUUGAUGCAGCUAUAUGGGCACCCAAUACGCCACUGUCAGAAGACUGCCUCUUUCUCAACACCUGGGUUCCCCACCCGCGCCCCUCUGCACCAGCCCCUGUCCUUGUUUUCAUUCACGGAGGGGGAUUUUUCGCUGGGACAUCUUCCCUGGACGUGUACAAAGGGGCAUCCUUAGCCUCUACCGAGAGAGUCAUAGUUGUUAGCAUGAAUUAUCGCCUGGGGAUGCUAGGCUUCCUCUCCAUGCCACCAGCAGCUCCAGGAAAUUUGGGCUUGCUAGACCAACAGCUGGCUUUGAGAUGGGUCAAUGAGAAUGCCGCCGCCUUUGGAGGAGAUCCGACUCGGGUGACCAUAUUUGGCCACAGCGCUGGUGCAGCAUCGGUGGGUUUCCACCUCCUUUCACCAGGCAGCCAGCCCCUUUUUGCCCAAGCUGUGAUUCAGAGUGGAUCUCCCAAUGCCAUCUGGGCUUGGAUGAGUCCUGAGGAAGCCAAGCAACAAUCCCUCGCUAUCGCCCGGCUGCUGGGCUGUGCUGCUGGCGACGACAGCGCUGUGAUGAGCUGCCUACAGGCGAAAGAUGCCACAGAAUUCUCUCCACAGGAAAUGCUCUUCCUUGAGAAAAGCAAGUAUCUUAUCGAUCUUCCUGUGAUACCAACAACAGAUGGAGAUUUCCUGCCUGAUGACCCUCAGAAGCUUCUGGAGCCUGGGCACAUCAAGAUCAAGCCAAUUCUCAUUGGUUUUACCUCCGACGAAGGCUCCACCUUUCUGCCGUUUAGUUUUCCUGGCAUCGAGCGCCACCAGUUCACUCAGGACAUACUUAUGAAAGGGAUACGGAUGGGAAUACGAAAUGCGACAGAAGAAGUUGUCCAGGCUGUGGCACUGGAGUACAGCAAGGAAGGCCAGGAUCCAGCUGGGUACCACAGGGCCUUGUCACAGUCCUUUGGCGAUUACUUCUUUGCGUGCCCAAUGGAUGAAUUCGCUAAGAAGCUGGCAGAAGCUGGAAGCCCUGUGUACACUUACUACUUCAAGCACCACACCUCAGGCUCUGUUUGGCCUGAGUGGAUUGGGGCACCCCAUGGUGCUGAGCUGCCUUACUUGUUUGGAACCCUUGAGAAAGUGUUGGACGUCAACCAAACUUACACAGAAGCUGAGGCUGAUCUGAGCCGCAGGGUGAUGCGAUACUGGGCAGAGUUUUCCAGAAGUGGGAAGCCAAUGGGGUCAGCUGCCAGUGAGGUAGAGUGGCCGCUCUAUAAUGGCACACAGCAGAACUUCUUCUACCUAAGCACUGAGCCAACUCAGGUUGUGGACAAGUCACCUGUGCAACACUGCACUUUCUUCAAUGCACUGACAAACAAAUUGAAAGAGGAUUCUGCUGCUUCACACAAGGAAGAGGACGGGAAAAAGGAACCCACAACCCAAUAGAGGGAAUCUCCAUGAAAGGUGUUGCUUGACUUUGUGUCCCUCAAGAAUAAAGCAUUAUUACCAAGUGUCCUAGAAGAAAACCUGACAAGAUAUUCUCGGGACUUCCAUGCUGAUAAAGGCCCACUGCUUCCUGUGACCUUAACACGCCCACAACCAAUUGAAAACACACCUUUUAUGCGUCUGCAAAAUUUCAAACUUCUAGCAAAGUAACUGUUCUGCCAUUUUGAGAAGUGGGUUUCGAGCUCUUCGGCAGAUGUGGAUUCCUGAAACAUCUCAUAUAUAUUUCCUUUUGAUAUUAGCAAAGUUUAAGUUACUUUGGCUUUGGUCCUGAUGAGUGAUAGUUUGAUUCCUGUAGUUCAAAGCUAACAGCUUCAUUCUUCCACCUGUUCCCCCCAAAUAAUAAUCACAAUACACACCACAAUGCCAUGCCCCUCUCACAGUAAGAUAACCUUCAGGCUUCAGGAAACAAAGACCACCAGUUUAGCCAUUUCUCACUAGGGUUAUAUUCUUUCACCAACCAACGGAACAAAGUAAAUGACAUAGGAAAUAGACAGGAAGUUGUGGGAAAGAGAUGAUAGAACAAAUCCAUGUCAGUGUUAUAAGAAAUUGCUCAACCCCUUUCCUCUCCUUUAGGAUGCGUUGGCUAAAAUGAGUACAAACCCACUCGAUUUUCAAUGGUUAGCUAGCUCUCCAAACUCCAGUAAUAAUCUCUACACCCUCAAGGAACCAAAACGUGCUUCACUUCAGGACACAGAUUCCCCCUUCCCUCCCUUUCUUACUUUACUUUCAGUGUGAGUUCUGUGGCAAUAUUGUCACACCCACUUUCUGUAGACUUUUGUGAAUUGUUGGUGUGGCAAGAGUUCCUGCCUGCCUAUAGGGUAAUUUUGCUGUCUGAAGCGGCACCCAUAUAUCCUGAAACUUUCAUUUCAUGUAAUAAACCAGUCUUUCUUUGCUC